AUGGCACUCAAUAUCUCUGCAGGCGUGCCUGAUGAAUCCGCCUGGGACAUUCUCAACGACAGCACAAACCUGAUAGGUACUACGACGAUAAAUGGCGUUUCCUACGGAAUCAUGUUCACUCUCUAUGUCACAUGCGUUCAUUUCCUUUACCAAAGGUUCAAAACUUCAGGGGGGAAGCGCACUUCUGUUUUUUUGUUCGGAUAUAUGUCCGUGAUGUUCAUCUUCGGCACACUAUACACGGUUUCUGGUUCUCGGACCAUUCAGCUUGCCUAUGUCAAUCAUCGUGAUUAUUCUGCUGGUCCUGCCGCCUAUGACCUCGUUAUUUUCUCCCAGCCGAUCACUAUUUUGGGCUCCGUAAGCUACACCGUCUCUAACUGGAUGUCCGAUGGUUUAAUACUUUGGCGUUUCAUCAUAUUAUAUCAAAAUAUUCGGUACAAUCUUUGGAUCAUCACUUUCCCGUGUAUCCUAUUUCUUGCCUCAAUAGGGGCGGCUCAUGCAGCUCAGUAUACAGGCAUCGCCACUUUGCUAAUCGAAUCUUCAGCACUCUAUGCACUGUGGUCAAUUAUUUUCCUUGUUCUAUACGCCAUCAACAAUCCAGUGCAAUUCGUAUUCCUAGCAUCCUUAGCUGAAGUGCAGAUCAUAGCUCCACUACUCAUUAUUGUUCGUGUUGCUCAAGGAAAGGCCUGGACCCGUAACACGGAAUCGGCCAUUCUAUCAACCUUUGUGGCCAAACAAGAAAGUAAGGCUACCUACAAAGGGAACAAGCAGGAGGAUAGCCGUACGAACACACUCUCAGUCUCUGCAUCACAGGACCAUGUCGACCAUGACGAAAGCAUCCAUUCACUGAAAUUUGCUCCAGGCCUGGGAGACAGCAACGACAUACCUUUGCAGACACGAGAGGUUCCUAGAGGGAUGUUGCAAUGUUGA